CAAGUAUACAGACAGUGAAUUCUGACAGCUUGCAGUUUGCAUUAGUCAAUGUACGAUUUACCUACGACUAAUAUAAAUAAAUUUUAAAUAAACUAACUCAGUGACACGCAAAUGUUAAUUUAUUUGUUAUUUGUGAUUUUAUAGUCAUUCAGUGGUUGUUUUCAUUUUUAACAAUGUCAUCACCAACGCAAGUGCUAAAAAGCAUCGGACCAAAAUUGGUACCAUUCUUCAAGAGUGUUUGUGUAUAUUUUGUAUUACUAGCUGAGCAACCUUCAUUAUUUACCGCUUGUUUCAAAUGUUUACCCAUAAUAAGUCUCAUUGUUUUUGUAUUACUUCAUGGUAUGAAUUUAUCUGACGAGUAUAAAUUUUCCCGAAGAAUAUUAACAGGGUUAAUAUUCAGUUGCUUGGGCGACGCAUUAAUUGUAUGGCCAAAUCUUUUUGUCGCCGGUAUGUCAAUGUUUGCAAUUGCGCAGAUAAUGUAUAUUACUGCCUUUGGUUUUGCACCACUGAAUUCAACUUUAGGAGCAAUGAUCUACGCUCUUUGUACCAUAGUUAUUUAUAUAUUAAUGCCAGGAUUAGAAGGAAUUUUAGCUAUUGGAGUGCCAAUAUAUACUACAUUGUUGGGAACAAUGGCUUGGCGUGCUAUUUCACGAGUUCGCUAUUUCAAGGAACCAUGGACAUGGACACAAUUAUGCAGUUGCAUCGGAAGUAUAUUCUUCUUAAUAUCAGAUACACUAUUAGGUUUCCAUCACUUUUAUCAUCCGGUUCCUUAUGCAACGGUAUCAAUAAUGUUAACUUACUAUGCAGCGCAAUUAGGAAUUGCAUUAAGUGCUGUUGAUUCAAAAGGAAGUGCUAAAACUCCAGUAUCUCUUGUUAAACAAUAAAUAAGUAUACUUUACUAAUAAUAAUAAAAAUUAAAAAUAAUAAUCAUCAUAUUAUACAUUAAAAGUAGGAAAAAAAAAAUUAAAACUAAUUUUUAGAUCGUGAUUUCUUCUAGAGUGCAAUACUACCUAUUUAAUUAAAAAUUUUAUUAUUUUGAUAAUAUCAAAUAUUUAUACAUAUGAUAUUUUGAAUAUAAAAAUAUAUUUUUAUUAAUAAUAAGUAUUUACUAUUGUAAAUUCACAAUUUAUUAGAGAGAUAAUGAUCAUAAAGAUUGUCGGAUUUAAUUUUCUUCUUUUUAAAUCAAGCGAAGAAAUGACGCGCUUUGUCGACUAGAAAAUUAUAUUAUAAGUUAUUAAUACUGUAAUUAUUAAUCCGACAAUCUUAAUAACUGACACUGAGUUAAUAAAACUAGAAAAUUUUUAUUUUUAUUAAAAUUAAUCGGCAUAAUAAUUGCGUAUUAAUUGAUACUGCCAAAAAUAAUUAUUCAAUUUAUUUAAUAUUUUAUUUAAAUUGUUAUAGACAAUACAAAUGAUUUAAACACUUUAAAUUUUUUCUUAUAAAUUAUAUAAUAGACUAGUCGUUAUUUUAAAUGUAGAAAAAUAGAAAAAUAAUAUGGUAUUAAUUUAAUAAGUGAUACGAGGAUAAGAAUGAUUUAAAAUGUGAUCUCGGUAAAGAACUGAAUAUGAAAGGAAAGAUUGUUUUUAUUUUUUUAUUUUUUUAACAAUAAAAGUUGUUAACUAUAAAUGCAUUUCUUCUCAAUAUCAAUAUUGAUAAAUUUAU